AUGAGGCAAUGGAGGCUUUGCUUUUCUUCCUUUUUGGAUAGUCUAAGUGAUGAAGAAUUGGAGCAUUUCGAUUCUGCUAUAACAGUAAAAGACGAAUACCCAGAAUCACAAGAGUUUGUUGGUCUUUUCGAUAAAUACCAGCAUUUUUGCCUCAUGAUGCGAAAAGAAGAUCCUACAUUCGAAUUAUGGAGUUCAUUUUUAGAUAUGAUGUCCCUUCUUCUAGUUUUUGUGCGUGCUACAAGGGAAUCAGAUUGGAGUGUCCAUGUUGCUGUGCUUCGUUUGAUGAUGCCAUGGUAUUUCGCCUAUGAUAGGACAAACUAUUCUAGGUAUCUACCAGCAUACUGGAUGGAGAUGGUUAACUUGCCUGAGUCGCAUCCAAGUGUGUAUCACGAAUUGAGUCAAGUCGGUGCAUGGACAGUACAAAGGCACAGUAAUCAUGCUUUUGCAUCAAUCGCACGUGACCAAUCCAUUGAAGAAACCCUGAACAGAGAUUGCAAAACACCUGGAGGAAUUAAAGGUAUUACCCUUAAUCGAGGUGCAGUUCAGAGGUGGAUUUUAGCGCAGCCCGAAAGAGCAGCUAUAUCUAGAGAAUGUGAAGUGAUGGCAGGCUACCAUAAGGUGGAGCGAGCUUCCAAAGAACUUGACCAAACGCGUAUCCGAAAGCUUGAAGAAUCAAUAAUGUCAGUAAUUUCCACCGUUAAGAGCAUGAUUAAUCCCUUUGAAAAUACCACAGGGGAGCUUGUUGCUAUCAGUUCUGGUGCAGUUGCAAUUGACGCUGUAAAGGAUGACCUUCUUAAAGCAGAGGCAAAGGGUGAAUCUGCUGCUAUGGAAUUCAUCAAAGAACGUCUUCUUGUAGGAUCAAAUGCCACACAAACCGAUUUUCACGACCCAAUCAAACAACAAAAACUAAAAACAUUUGCUGAUAAUUGCACAAGUAAGAAGAAAACUAGCAAAGAAAUUAUCAAGGACAGUAAGGUGUUUUUUGCUCGUCUUCUAGUGGUAGGGUAG